CAACAUGUCGCUCUAUCAAAGUGUCGUUUAAUGCUACUAGAUAUAGAUUUAGCCACUAUUGCCGAGGACUCCGUUUAACAGCAAUGGCCGCAAUAUUGCCGGAUGAGAAAGGAGGAAACUACUGCCCGGAAAAGUAUGAUGGAGGACUCUGGUACCUGCGGACAGCUAAGCUGGCAGUGGCAGUUGCCAUAAUAAAGAGCAGGCCGAAGGGGCGGACUGGGAGGGAGCAUGCGGAGUUCCUGGCCAGCAGACUCCACUGUGAGGACAAUGACUGGAAGGCGAAGGCUCAGGGGCUGCAAGAGGAGGUGCUUAGACUGCGGCAGGAGCUCCUCCUCAGCAAGGCUCGGGCGGAGAUCAUGGGGAGCAGCGUUGCCGGAGAUCCUUCGAUGGAUGGGCGGUGCCAGGCAACUGAGGAAUCCCUGUGGAGUAGCGCUCCCUGGGAAGGCGAUUCUGGCUUUGGGACAGGCAGUAGUAUGGAGGUGCUGCCCCUGAGUGCGUAUGCUGAGGUGCCCCAAGCCUCGCAUUGUUCUUUGCCACCUGCUCCCUCCUUCAGCGCAUUGCCAUCUGAGCGGUCCUGUGCGGGAAGUCAUGGUCGCUCCAUGGAGAUAGCUAUGCUCCAUCACACGCAAUUCCUGCACAGCCUAGUCGGCCUGGGCCAGGCGGCCGAUAGCAGGGACGGCCCCGUGGUCAGAGACGCGCUGUGCCAGCUCCUCUCCUGCAUGGUUGAGGCCUGGGCCGACCCCCGUCUUCUCCCACCGGCUUCUCUGAUCCUUCGGGCUGCACGGGUGGUUGGCCAGGCCCUGGAGUCCCUGAGUGGGCCGGCAUGUGGCGAGCUUGUGGGACGAGCAGAAUCCUGCCUGAAGGAGCUGACAGCUCUGCUGCUGGACAACACGCGGCUCAACUGGUUCCAGAGGCAGGAGACGCUGGCUGACUGUCUGGCCGCUCUGGGUGGAAGCCCGUCACUGAAGCUGCCGUUCAUCCUUCACGCCUUCUGUGAAGUUAAUGCCUUUGGGGAACACCUGUUGCAGAGCCUGGGCGAAGGGCUUGGCCAGUUCGAUGUGGCUCGGUACGAGAACUGCUUCUACCUGCUACGAGUCCUGGAGCGGCUUCUGCUGGACGAAAGCUGGGAGCAGAGCAGGUUGGCCUGGGAGGGGAGCCCCUUGCUGAGCUCCGUGCUCAGCCGCCUCGAGGUCAAUGUGCUGCGGCUGUCGGCGGACUUCCCGCUGCUGGCUAUCUACAUGUGGAGGAUGGGGGCCUGCCUCAAAGGCGCUGGGCCCUGAGCAGCAUCCCGUCCUCCUGCUUCUCUCUCGUAGAGUGUUUGUCCCGGGAGGGGGGCGGAUCCAUUGCCCACCCAGCCAGCAGGCCAAACCCACAUGACCAAAACAAGUCCUCCAUCCAGCUCGUGAAACCUUA